AUGGAGGAACAGGGCGAGGAGGACGUCACAUGGACCAGCCUAUCGGAUAUGACCCUUUACGCUCGAGCUCGUAGUGUCCCUGGACACCUAACGCUGAGAGGAGUGUUGAAGAUGACAGAGCCACAGGAAAUCCUCGUGAACCCAGACUCCACUCACGACAAGAGCAGCCGAGCGUAUGUGGUGUCCUGGGUCAACAGUCUGCUCGGGACAGACUUCUCCGACGUCCGGCAGCUGUCCACAGGUACGAGUCAGUGUCAGAUCAUGGACGUCGUGGUCCCCGGCUCUGUGGACAUGACCAAAGUGAAGAUGAGUCCACAGACUGAGGAGGACUGUGAACACAACUUUAAUUUACUCCAGGAGGCUCUCAACAAGGGCGGAAUUACAAAGACUCUUCCUGUGAAGGAGCUAAUAACAGGAGAUUUUAGAAGCAAUUAUGAACUGAUGAAAUGGUUCAGACUUUUCUACAUGGCCAAUGCCAAAAGAUACAAAGUGAACAACCAUUCAGCAGCCGCUCAGCCCAGAACCACGACCAACGGCUCUGUGCACUCGGAGAACAACACCGACCCCUCGAAGAUCUGCCCCUUCAGCGACACGUGGAAGGAGACUUUUGACUGGGCCCAUGCCAGCGCUCUGGGAGAACAGUUCACGUACUGCCGCUUUUGUCACAGAAAUCUCAAAACAUUUCUGAAAGGCACCAUUGACUUGAAGAGACACUCGGAAACAACUCUCCACAAAAAAAGAGAGGCACUUGUCAAGAAUCGAGCUCAGUUAAACCGAGUCUCGACCGCUCUGCCCUGCUCCGAGACGGCGCUGCAGUUUAUCUGUCACUAUUUUAAUUACGGUGGGAGUCUGCAGCCCAGAGAGUUUGCCCGCUGUAAACUGGGCGUAAAUUACCCCAGAAAUAUAACCUCUCACUGUCAGAGCGCUCCUUUUUGUUUGUAUAUAUUUGGAGGCGUAUCGUUAGAGCAAACCCCGGUGUCUGUCCUGCUCGUGGGUCACUUUGACUCUGACGGGCCCAAAUGCUGCUUCCACUUUCUGGAUGCUCUGGAGGCGUCGUCAGAGAGCUCAGAAGACCAGAAGGCAGACGCGGUGCUGGGCAUUUUAAAUAAAUUUGAUUUGCCCUCAGCUAAUCUGGUAGCCCUUUACAUGGAGAGUAACGGUGCAGCCUCAGAGCGCCUCCUCUCACAGCUCAGGAAGCUCAGGCCCAAGAUGGCGUCUUUUGUCUGUUUGUACACCAUGGCUGAUAGAGCCUGUGAGGCAGCUCUCAAACAGCUCUCGAAGAAAACACUGGAGAUGCUCGUGGACAUACACAAGCACCACACCUCCCGCUCAAAUAAGAACGACAAGCUCAGCGAUCUUUUUGGCUCUGAAAUCUCCAAGUGUUCAUCAUUUCACAAUUUUAUCAGUAAGAGCAUGAAUCUGUAUGUGUUAGUCCACAGACUCCUGGAGAUGUGGGCAGACUUGACAUCUUAUUUUGAAGCUUGCAGCGCAAAGGAUGAAAAAGCCAAAUUAAUCUGUUCACAGCUGCAGGAUCCGAGAGUCAGGGCAAAGUACAUGAUCCUCACCGAAGCCCUAAAGCCGCUGCACGGCUUCCAAGCUCAUUUGAAACUACAAAAGGGAGAAUUACUUGUUGAUUUUGUUGAAAGUUUGGAACAAGCCAGUAACCUUCUGCAGACGUACACCUCCUGCUUUCUGGAGCCUCAGGCGGCGCUUCAGUUCCUCAAAGACACAGACGUUCAAAUUCUUAAAAACGCAGAGUCACAUUUACCCAGCGCCAGCAUGACAUCGCCGGGUUUACGCACGUUUUUGAAGAAGAACUGUUCGGAAGCGCUCACACUCCUGCAACAAGAGGCCUUAUCGGUUUACACGGCGUUGACCAGUAGCGUUGCGAGCGCUCUCCCGUUCAGUGCGGCGAUGCUACAUUCGAUCGCGCAGCUGUUAAACCCGCACAGCAGACUGAGCGUGAGCGAGAAAGACGUGGACGAUAUCGGGGUGAGGUUAGACGUAUGUUCUUCUGCAGAGCACAGAGACCAGCUCAGGGAGGAGUUUCUGCAGUACCAACGCGCCGCAGACGUGAAGAGCGAGACGGAGGAGGACGAGACUGAGGGGGGUAACGCUACAGAGGACAAAAGUGUGAAGGAGACAAAGGAAAACACAGAGGUCUCACUGGAGAAACACUGGGUCAAAGUGUUAACCGACCUCGAACCCUCCUCCGUCUUCCGGAAGCUGAUUCUGACACUGCUGACCCUUCCUCGCCCUCCGCUAAACUCAGAUCACAUUUUCGACAAGGUUUUAAAGAAUAACAAAGAGUCUGUGGCUGUGCCCGAGAGCGACACUGUGACAGAGAGUGACUCCGAAGUGACUUCAGACAACAGCGCCGCCUACUCCAGCAACUCCACCAACUCCACCAACUCCACCAACUCCGUCAACUCCACCAACUCCACCAACUCCACCAACUCCAGCAACUCCACCAACUCCAGCAACUCCACCAACUCCAGCAACUCCAGCAACUCCACCAACACCCCCAAUGGCACCAACUCCAUCAACUCUAUCAAGAGGAACUAUGGAUCUUUAGUGUUAGACUUGAACGGAGUGGACCUGUCCACACUGAGGCCAUGUGAAGUUCGACUGAAGAAGUUAACAGAACCCGUCGAUGGACAGAACGGGCAUCGGUGGAAAGAGGAGGUUAUUAGGGGAAGUUUUGGCUGGGAGAGCAACUUACGCCGGAAGCCACAGGCCCGUACAGUUUUUCAGGCUGGUUCCAACACUUGGACCAAGCUGGUAGGAGAUGAAAAGGGCCGGGAUUCCCAAGAUGAGGUGGGGGAUCAGACUGAGUCACCGUCGGGCAAGACAAGAAGAGGAAGAACCAAACAGGCUUAUCAGGACGGUAAAGGCUUCCUGACCGGGGAGCUGGUGUGGGGGAAGCUGAAGGGUUUUACCUGGUGGCCUGGAGUCGUGAAGGCCUGGAAAACCAAGUCGUGUCCUCCAGGGAUGAGGCGGGUCGAGUGGUUUGGAGAUGGAAUGUUCUCAGAGAUCUACACAGACCGACUGAUGCCGUUUAGUGCCUUCACCGUCUGCUUCAACAAACACACUUUUGAAUGUUUACCAGUUUACAAAGAGGCCAUUUUUCACGUUUUAGAGUUUGCAGCUGAACGAUGUGGGAAGUCGUUUGGCGUUGGCUUGGACAAAGAGAGCGAAGUGAAGGAGAUGCUGCGUUGGGCCCAUGACGGGUUUCUGCCCACGGGAACAGACGGGUUUAUGCCGCCUGAAUCUUUGGCAACUGACGAUUCUCCAGACUCGGACUACCAGCCCCCAGCCAAAAGAAAGUACGUCUUGAAAAACAAAGCACAUUUGGCCUUGAUUUCCUCCAGCCGACAGACCAUGGUGGACAGCCUCAAAGACAAAAAGAAUAAAGCCAAAACUCUCGAAGAUUUUUGUUUGACUUGUGGAACAUCUGAGGUGGAUGUGCAGCACCCACUGUUUGAAGGAGGUCUUUGUACUAAAUGCAAGGAAAACUUCACGGAGACGCUGUAUCGUUACGACGAGGACGGAUACCAGUCGUACUGCACCGUCUGCUGCGCCGGCCUCGAGGUGAUACUCUGUGAGAACCCCAGCUGCUGCAGAUGUUUUUGUAAAGACUGCGUUGAGAUCCUCGUUGGUCCCGGGACGUUUGACCAGCUCAAAGAGGUGGACCCUUGGCGCUGUUACAUGUGCCAACCCUCAGAGCGCCAAGGCUUCCUCAAACUCAGGCCCGACUGGAGCGUCCGACUGCAGGACUUCUUCGCCAACAACAGCGCGUUUGAAUUUGAGCCUCAUAGACUUUACCCGGCCGUCCCUGCGGCUCAGCGGAGACCGAUCAGGGUGCUGUCUCUGUUUGACGGCAUCGCAACAGGAUACCUCGUGCUCAGAGACUUGGGAUUCAAAAUCGAACGUUACAUUGCGUCGGAGAUUUGCGACGACUCGAUCGCUGUUGGAAUGAUCAAACACGAGGGAAAGAUCGAGUAUGUCAACGAUGUUCGCUCCAUCACCAGGAAACACUUGUCCGAGUGGGGGCCCUUUGACCUUCUGAUCGGAGGGAGUCCCUGCAACGACCUCUCCAUAGUCAACCCGCUACGGAAAGGAUUAUUUGAGGGCACUGGUCGGCUGUUCUUCGAGUUCUACCGGAUUCUCACUCUGCUGAAGCCCAAAGAAGACGAGGACCGGCCGUUCUUCUGGUUAUUUGAAAACGUGGUCUUCAUGAGCGGACAUGACAAGGCGGACAUCUGCAGGUUCCUUGAGUGCAACCCUGUUCUGGUUGAUGCGGUGAAAGUUAGCCCCGCCCACAGAGCGCGAUACUUUUGGGGGAAUGUCCCUGGAAUGAACAGACCUCUGGCCACGUCUCUGGACGACAAAGCGAGUCUCCAGGACUGUUUGGAGGUUGGACGUGUGGCCAAGUUUGACAAAGUGCGGACGAUAACGACAAAGUCAAACUCGUUGCGUCAGGGGAAGAGUGGACCUCACCCUGUCCUGAUGAACGGCAAAGAGGACAGUCUGUGGUGCACAGAACUGGAACAGAUCUUUGGUUUUCCCAAACAUUACACCGACGUGAACAACAUGGGGCGUGGACAGAGGCAGAAGGUUCUGGGUCGUUCCUGGAGCGUCCCUGUGAUCCGCCAUCUUUUCUCUCCUCUGAAGGAUUAUUUCGAGUGUGACACUGUGAACUAAACCAGCGUCUGAACCUGCCGGAGCCUCAGAGUCUGACAAACCCGCGGCUGUUUCAAGAAGCAGGUUUAGGCCAAACUCUAGACUUUGUUAACCCUGAGUCAGUCGCCAUGGCAACGCUCUGUGAACCUAACACAGUGCAGCUUUAACUCAGAGUAUAUCCAGAGUCUGCUCCUGAAGGGCAGCUCUGAUUGGUCAGUCGCACACGGACAGGCUUCACAGAGUUUAAUGAUUUCACUUGUUUUCAUUUGUAUUUAAACUUAUUUUUCUGAGGUGACUUAAACCUGAUGCCUCGUCUCAUUUUGCUCUAAAGUGUAAAGAGCAGAUCGUGAGGUUCAUGGAUCACUCUUGUUCACUUUAAACUGUGAUUUAUGUCAGACACAUUUAAAAACUCAAAAGCUCUCAGCAUCGUAGAUAUUAAAAUAAUAAUGUUAAACUUUUGAAUAAUAGUUGAAUGUUUUUAGUAGCUGCUGUAUAAUGACGUAGGACUUUUUAAUAUUCAAACUAAAAUAGGACAAACUGAAACCUGAUCCACAGUCACAUGACUUCCUGUUCCUCUAAGAUGGCCGCCUCCUCUGGUUUACCGUUGCCAUGGUGACUCCUCUUUUCCGGGAUCCAUUGAUACAAUCUUGUGCCUUCUGCUGCAUUCGGGGUUUUCUGUCUGAGUUUUCUAACUUCGCACCAAACCUGCUUCAUGAAACAGAAAACGCGAGGAGUUUACUCUUAAACCCUGAACUUCCUUUGUGAAACGGCCUUGAUCCGCACUGAAACACGACCAGCGAUUUAGAUAAAACAGGUAAACGUCUUAGGAUUUAAAGGUGCUCUGUAAAUCUACCUCAGAUUUAUUUUAAUAUAAACUCUUUAAUCGAAUCAGCUUUAGGACUUUUUAAAAUUCUCUCCACUUUUUUUCAGUCUGGUAGUUUUUCGUCUGCCGAGUUUGAACAAAGAAAUCCUAGUUUUUUAAAAAUCUUUAACUUAAAUCUUUUGUGAUUAGACCUGACACGACAACACAUUCUGAAGCUCGACGUGUUGUUACAGAGAAAAACUGCGAUAAAUAAAUAAUACUUUAAGCCACGGAUGCAACAACAAUAAUGUAAGAUCAUCCCAGUGAAACAUUUUUAAAUAAACAGGAUCAUUUAAAGGCCUGAGCUGCAGAAAAUGAGUGUCCAUAAAGUGUUUUUAUAGUUCAAAACAAAAUAUAUACACUGGUCCCUGCUGGUUUACUGUAAAAAAAACAUAAAACUUGCAAAAUUACACCAAAAAAAUCUACAAAACAGGUGAAGGGACAACUGUAUUCCAAAGACAAUUGAUCAGAUCUCUUAAUCCGACUUCCUUUUGUGUUUUUAAAGUGUUUUACCUUAUUAAAUACUUCUCUGUACUGGACUGUGUUUGUGCCUCAUCGACGGUUCAGUCACAUCUUUAUCUUUUCCUUUAGUUACAUUAAUGUCCCGUGUUUGUUCGACACGCGACGUCUUUACCGCAGCCUCAUAAAACCAGGAAACACUGCGCUUUUUCUCUCGAGGAGGAGACGUUUCUUACAGGUUCAUUCAAAUCAUCAUCGGGAUGUAAGAAAAACAAAAAUGCAACGUGAUUAAAAACUUUUGAGUGCAACAAAACAAAUGUAAUUAAUAUAUUUUAUCAACUGCCUUUGUGUUUAAACUUUAAAACUGUAAAAAGACUUUAUGGACACACUGUUUAAUGUUUGUUACAGGUCAAUAAUGAGUCAUACAAGUCAGUUUUUCUGUAUUACAACAAAAAUACGCCAAAAUCUGUCAAUUUUUACAAAGAAAGAUAAAUAUUGAGCCAAAAAAUAUCUAUUUCCAGCUUCAUUUACGGAGUGAUCGCAGUGACAGGAUGUGCUCUUGAUGCUGUGUGUGUAUUUACAUUUUUUUUUACUUAGUUUUGUGUGAAUUUGGUGAUUUUUGUGCAGAUCGCUACGACGACACAAUGAUACAAAACCGUGCCUGUUGUAAAUGUUCACUGUGAGGUCUGAGUACUGUAUAAACGCUGCAGGAAAUACACAUCCAAACCAAUGCAGCGUGUUACUAAUAGGAAGCCAGUGGUGCUAAACGAAAACACGACAUAAAGACGCUGUAUUUGUAGAUUUGAGGCUUUACUUUAAAACUGUGUGAAUGUAAAACGACCAAGCUUUUGUAGAUCUCGUGUGUCAAAAACUCUCAACUCUCUCGUACAAAGGGCUGAUGUUUGUAUCUUAUCCGUUUUUGUUCUUAACUCAAAACUGGUGCUAUAACUUAUACAUUUUAAGAUCUGUGACUUUUUUGAUUUGUGUGUUUUGUUCAAACGUAACUCCUGAUGUUUUUUACUGUACUGUAAGUUUCUAAACCUGUACCUCAUAUUGUUUUUUUAGGUUGUUACCGUGGUGCUGUUGUUUUUUUGCAUGUGAGCCUCUGAAAACCCUUAAAAACCUCUGCCUUAAAACGUCUGCUUCAUUUUAUUUCCCCAA